AUGAAGCGGGCCGCAUGGGGGCGAGGCGCGUGCCGCGGGAGGAGGGGUUGGGCGCCCGGCUGUGGAGCGAGCACUUGCGAGGCGAGCGCUGCCAGACGGCGCGUCGCGUCGACGCGUGUGGCGGCGCGCGCCUGUAGCUCGCGCGUGUGGUUAGUGGGCCGCUCGGUGCACGAGCCCCGAACUCGUCAGGCUUGCGAAAAUGAAGGCGAGGUGGUGCCACCGCACCUCAUCAACAUCCAGGACAUCAAUUGCUUCACCUGCAUGUGUCAGCCGCCUGUUUCCGAGGCUCCGCCCGACGACGCGGCGGAGGUGGCGGCUGCGAUGGCGAUGGCGAUGGUGAUGUCGGCGGCUGUGGCGCCCGCGGCCAUCGCACAAAGAGCACUAGGAAGCGGCUGCAAGCGACGUGUUCCGCCCGCGCGCGGAGCGGAUUCCGUGGGCCGCCGCCGCCGCGGCCGCGCGCGCCGCGACGAGGAGGCUCUGGCGGAAGUGCGGGCGCCGUGA